GCAGACACUGCUCAAGGGAAGGAGGGGGUGGCUUCAUGGGUUCUUGGGAAAUGUAGUUUUUUUGUUUCUUCCUCUUAGAGAAGAAGAUCUGUUUGGAGGGAUGGGUGUCUAACACUCGGCCCUCACUCUUCCUGCAAUAAAGAGGAAAGUUGAAAAGCUGAAUGCAGACAGAAUAGAAUCAUGUGUCUCCAUUUGUGCAUUUUUGUGAACUGAGUGUGCCACCUUAUCUGACACAAUGGAUAGCAGAUGUUAUGGCUGUGCAUCAAAGUUUACUGUCUUCAAGAAACAGUGUGGAUGCAAGAAUUGUGGCCGAGCAUUUUGCUCAGGCUGCCUUGGAUUCAGUGCCAUUGUUCCCUGUUGUGGAAACACACAACAGAAGGUUUGCAAGCAAUGUCACGGGGAAUUAACAAGUGGCAUGCCUCAGUCAAAUACAGCUAAAUGGUCUCCACCAGAGAACUAUAAAAAGCGCAUAGCAGCCCUUGGGGCCAAGCAGAACCAGCCGCAGGGAUUUCAGAAGGGUUUGUUGACGUCUCAGCCCCAAGCAGACCCUAGAUAUCAGGGGGUAUCAAAAGAGGAUCAAGUUCUAGCAGAGAGACUGGAGAGGCUUAAGAAGGAAACAAAGCCCAAAUCCAUUCCAUCUCAGGCUGAGAUAGAAUCUAGACUGGCGGCACUGAAAGAAGACCCUGCAAGACCCAUUCCAUCAGCCCAGGAGAUGGAAAACCGUCUGGCAGCCUUGCAGGGCAGACCGCUCCCCUCCUCAGCUCCCAGACCAGUACGUGAGGUCCUUGAUGCCAAAACACAGUUUGAGCAGUCAUAUGACCUGCUGAGCCAGAUGGCUGAGGAAGUCGCCAUUGAUGAGAGCGGUGGCUCAGGAGUGACAUCUCAAGAAGUUAGGGCCCAGACUUUAAAUGACUUAAAUCGAACCGAUAGUAUUGCUGGUGCUACUGACCUGGAUCCCAAGCAAUUGGAGGAGGAGAAGAAUAGACUUCUGGUGGAGGCAGCUGCUGAGCUGAGGGAGGAGAAUACCAGGCAGGAGAAGAUUCUAGAAGUGGCCAAGCGAUUGGCUGCGCUCAGAGGCCAAGAUCCUGAGAAAGUUACGUUGGAUGACUACAAACUUCCCAAUAGCGAUGAAGAAAUGGAGGAGGAGGAGGAAGCCAUACAGAGAGUUUUGAAACAGCUUACUGAAGAGGCAGCUCUGGAUGAAGCAAGUGGCUUCAAUAUUUCUCCAGAUCAAUCCGCCAGACCAGGGAUUGCACAACAGGAACCAGCCAAGAAGGCCAAGCAGGCACAAGCUCCAGUGGUUGCUAAAUCUCUCAUCUCGCCUGCUAGAGCGCUGGACAGUGAUGAGGAAGAGUUACCCUGGUGCUGUAUCUGCAAUGAAGAUGCUGCCCUGCGCUGCCAUGCCUGUGAUGAUGACCUCUACUGCCAGAGAUGCUUCCUGGAAAGCCAUGAUGAAUUUGAUCGGAGGGAGCACCGAACAUCUAGCUAUCGCCCACCUCGAAAGCAAAAAUGAGCCUGUGGAGUGUGAGAAGAAAUGGGAGGAGGGGAAAAAGAGAAGAUGUCCAGGAAGUUUUGGACUGUGAAAGGCAAUUCUGCUUUGCUGAGAUGUUUGGAGGGCAAAGGGCUGUGCCUGGCACAAUCAAGGCAGCCACUGUGAAGCUCAAUAGUAUACCGAAGGUGGUUUGCAUUGGGAGGAAGCUAUUAAAAUAAGGGGAAUAAAGACUGACAUGCUUUAAAAGAUGGGUUAUUUUGCAGAAAGUUACUCUCUCACUGGGUGAGAUGUUCAUAGAGAAUAUGGCAAAAAUAAUAAAGUAUUUGACGAGAA